AUGUCCCCCAGCCUACGCCUGCCCGCCCGGGCCGCUGUGCUGGCUCACUCCCUGCCCGAGCUGGGGAUCCCCGGAGGUCCCCCUAUCCCCCCUGCUGCCUCUCCACCGGCCCGCACCCCACACCUCGCCCGGGGCCCCCCGGAGCCCUCGCGCCUCCGGGGCCUGGCUGAGAUGCCGGGACCAAGCUCCACCGCCUUCAUCUUCGAGCUGCUGUGCCGAGGAGGGGUGCGGAGGCUGCAUGAGAUGCAGGUCCAUGGCCGCUCCCGGUUCGGGCCGCUCUGGAAGGCCCGGUUCGGGCCCGUGCUCACGGUGCACGUGGCCGACCCCGCGCUCGUGGCUCAGGUGCUGCGGCAGGAGGGGCCCGAGCCCAGCCGUGCCCUGAGCUGCCCCUGGAAGGAGCACCGGAGCCUCCGGGGGGUGUCGGGGGGGCUCCUCACGCUGGCCCGUGGGGUGCGGGGGGGCGCCGGGGGUGACUCAGGCGUGAUUCAGUUCCCCCCUCCCCCUCCUGCUCCCCCCACACCCCCACGCAGGAUGGAGGGUGAGGCGUGGCGGGGGCCGAGGCGGGUGCUGGCACAGGGGCUGCUGCGCCCGGGGGCGGCCGAGGCCUUCGCUGGCCCGGUGGCCACCGUGGUGGCCGAGCUGGUGGCACGGUUGCAGCGGCUGCGGCGACAACACCCGCGGGGGAUCGUCCCUGACAUCGGCACCGAGUUCAACCGCUUCGGCCUCGAGGCCAUCUCCUGGGUACUGUUCUCCUCCCGCCUGGGCUGCCUGGGGGACACCGGGGAAGCCACCGUGGGUACCGAGGGUGUGAUCCGGUCUGUGGGGGCAGUGCUGGCACUGACGCUGGUGACAAUGGCACUGCCCCGUCCCCUCCUGCGCCUCUUUCCUGCACCCUGGGACGCCUUCUGCCACGCCUGGGACCAGCUCUUUGCCUUUGCCAAGGGACAUGUGGACCGGCGUGUGGCCGAGGUGGCUGCGCGGGGGCCGCUGGCUGAGGGGGACACGUGUGUCACCGACCUGCUGGCCCGGGAGCACAUCCCUGUCAGCAGCAUCUACGGGAACGUCACCGAGCUGCUGUUGGCCGGGGUGGACACGGUGGCCAGCACGCUGGCCUGGAGCCUGUACGAGCUGGCACAGAACCCGGGGACACAGGCGGCCCUGCACCGAGAGCUGGUGGCUGCCACUGCCACCAGCGGGAUCACCAGUGGUGACAGUGCCACCACCGACAGUGCCGCUGCUGCUGCCACCGCCACUGCCCUGGGACGGCUGCCACUGCUGCGUGCUGUGGUGAAGGAGACCCUCAGGCUGUACCCCGUCAUCCCGGCCAACGCCCGCGUUGUCUCCAACUCUGACAUCCGUGUUGGUGACUACCUGGUGCCACGCCAGACCCUCAUCACCCUGUGCCAUUACGCCACAUCCCGUGACAGCCGCUUCUUCCCAGCACCCAACGCCUUCCACCCAGAGCGCUGGCUGCGCCACAGGGACAUCGGUGACUCCCCUGGGGACACCCCUGGGGACACUCCUGGGCACUCCCCUGGGCCCAAGCAUCCCUUUGCCUCUCUGCCCUUCGGCCUCGGCCCGCGCAGCUGCGUUGGGCGCCGCUUGGCUGAGCUGCAGCUGCACAUGGCGCUGGCACAGAUCCUGCUGCACUUCGAGGUGUGCCCAGAGCCCGGGGGGGGCCGGGUGCGCCCCAUGACCCGCACCCUGCUUGCCCCCGGUGCCCCCAUCAGCCUGCGCUUCCUCGAGCGGUGACACCGGGGACACCAGAGACCUGGGAGACACGGGGACACCAGGGACACGGGACAGUGGAGAGACCUCGACCUUGGUGGUCACUUCACCACCAGUAAUGACCCUGACCCCAGUGGUGGCCUUGACUGCAGCGGUGGCCGUGGCACCACAGGGAUGUCAUCACAUCCCUGGACCUUGUGGUGGCCCUGACCCUGUGGGUGACCCCAGCACUGUGGUGACCCCAACCCCAGAACUGACCCCAAAACUGCAGGGGCCUUGAGCCCACAGUGACACUGGCUGUGGUGGCAGCCCCAACCCCGUGGUGGCCUUGACCCCAGCAGUCACGAACUCUGUGCUGGCCUUGACCCCAAGGUGUCCCCAGUCCUGCAGUGACCCUCUC